AUGGGCGACUCGAUCAUCAAUUUUGAUUUGGAUGUUUUUCCUGAAGUUGCAUGUGUGCCAGCAUGCCCCAACGAACUCCGUCCUUAUGUUGGUAAGAAAUUUCAUUCAUUAGAUGAGGGUAUUGCCUUUUAUGAAGCUUAUGGUCGUGAAACUGGUUUUGAUGUGCGUAAACGUGGAAGCAAAUCUACUAGAGAUGUUGUUACGUGGCAAUAUCUUGUUUGUAACAGAGAGGGAUUGAAGGUGGGGAUUGAAAUGGAUGAGAUGCAUGCACAAGAGGGUUUUAUAACCAAACGUAGACGCGCAUCCAAAAGGUGUGAAUGUAGGGCGCGAAUAUCGCUUAAGUAUGUAUUUGAGGCUGGAUUUUUGGGGUAUGUUGUUCAAGAAUUUGUGGAAGUUCACAAUCAUAUUAUGAUUGAACUUCCGUUUAGACGUUACAUGCAUAUUAACCGUAGGUUGGGUGAAGUACACAGGCGAUUCAUAUGGGACUGCACGAAAGCCAAUAUUGGACCCACCAUGACAUUCAAAUUCUUGAAUGAGUUCUUGGGCGGCUAUGACACUGUUGGAAUCACCGUGGCAGAACUUAGGAAUUAUGUACAAGGUCUGAAAACUUAUGUUGAAGGUUCUGAUGCACAAAUGUUGUUAGAUGAAAUGGCGAGGAAAAAGAAGGCAUGUCCUGAUUUCACAUAUCACUAUCAGCUUGGGAGUUCAAAAGAGUUGAAAGCGCUUUUCUGGUGCGAUGCAAUAUCUAAGCGGAAUUAUCAACUGUAUGGUGAUGUUGUCUCCUUCGACUCCAUAUACAAUACCAAUAGGUAUUGCAUGAUAUUUUCACCCUUUACGGGCAAGGACAACCAUGGAAAUCCAGUCACAUUUGGAGCUGCACUCUUAUCCAAUGAGACCAUAGAAUCUUAUUCAUGGCUCUUCAAGCAUUUUUUGGAAUCCAUGGGUCAAGCUCCUAAGAUGAUUGUUACUGACCAAGAUAGAUGUAUGAGAGCUGCUAUUCGUGAUGUUUUGGUGGAUACAAAGCAUAGAUGGUGCAUGUGGCACAUUAUGCUUAAACUUACCGAUAAAAUUCCAAGGAGAUGUCUAGAAAAUGAAGAGUUGAAAAAAGAGAUCAGUGCUUGUGCGUGGUCUGAGCUUCUUCAUGUCGAGUGGUUUGUAACAAUGUUUGGCGAUAGAGAGAUGUGGGUCCUUGCCUAUUUUAGAGACUUUCCCAUGGGGUCUCUUAUUAGGACGACGUCUGUUUCCGAGUCUGAGAAUAGCUUUUAUAAAACAUUCACCAGACCUCGCUCCAAUCUAGUUGAGUUCAUCAUGAAUUUUGAUCAUGCCUUGGCUACACAGAGAAAUUCUAGCUCGAAGUUAGAUUAUAUGGAUUCAACUAUUAUACCACCGUUCUCCAGUCAGUUGGUAUUAGAAAAACAUGCUGCAACAAAGUACACUGAUCACAUGUUCAAGAGAGUGCAACGUGAGAUAGUGGACGCAUUGCACCAUUGUAGCACUGAUGGUUUGUUGAAAGAUGAUGUGUUAGAGAUCUCCACAAUAAAGGACAAGUAUAGUAAAUCUUGGGUUGUUACCUACACGACCAGUGAGGAUUCGUAUUCCUGUUCUUGCAAAUUGUUUGGGAGAGAGGGAAUUCUUUGUAGUCAUAUAUUUUUGGUUUUCAAGAACAGGUUUUUGAAGGUUAUACCUGAUAAGUACUUCCAUGUGAGUUGGUUGAAGACUGCCUUAGAUGAUGCUAUUCGUGGACCAGCUCGAUGUUUGACAGAUCUUGAACUUUUAUCAGAUCCAAACCAACAGUCAAAGAAUAAAGUUGCUGACAUAUUUUUCAGUUACAUGAAAAAGUUUGAUGCUGAUAGUGCCAUCAUUGAUUUAUUUUCAGCUGGAAUUGAUGAGCUUGGGAAGAGUCUUAUGACAAGAAUCCAUGAACCAUCUUCAGGAGAAAAGGAUAAGCCAGUUAAAGAUUUCUAUUUUGCUGAAAAGCCAGCUGUGGUUAGAGUACAGCCACCAUCAGUUGUAUCCACCAAAGGUUCGAUAAGUGAUUCCAAAAGCCGUUUGGUGUCCGCGAAGGAAAAGGCUAUAAAGUUGAACAGCAAACCAUUGCGUCAGUGUAAAAAAUGUGGCGAAUUUGGUCACCAUGACUCUAGGAACUGUGGUCGACAAAAGGGAAAAUAA